AUGCCUUCGUCAUUACCAUUUUUACUAUAUAAUAGUUCAAAUAUAUUAUUGAAAAAUCAUUCCAACAACGAUAAUACUAAUAAUGUUGAUCAAUACAAUUACGAAAAUAGUAUUUUAGAAGGUCCUUCGGAUGAUGAUGAUAAUAAUAUUAGUAUUGUUCCAAGUAAUGACAGUUUUAAUGCGAAAAAAGAAAAUCAUCUACAUAAAUUAACUCGACCAAUUACAAGAUUCACUGAUAGUUGGAGAAAAACGAAUGUAAAACGUGAAAAUAAUUAUCUUAAAUCACAACCAUUAAAAGUUCAACGAAAUGAAAAUUUAUUUUUAAAUUCUCAUCAAAUCUUUUCUCCUAGUCGAAAUAAAUCAAUCAAUAUGGAUGAUAAUAAACAACAAUUACAAAAUACGAAUAUAUUUUCAUCGGAUGAAUCAUCAGAGACAAAAUCAUCAUUAGUACGAAAUAAAUUUAAUGGUAAACUAUCACGAAUACACACAUCGAUUCUUCCAACAAAUAAAUUAACAAAUAUUGAAAAUCGAAAAUUUACUUCAAAACUUCCUGUUCGUUCAAAUUCAUUACCACAAGCAAAAACACAUAAACAAGAAGAUUUAUCAGUAUUACCUUCGAUUGAUACAAAUGAAACUACACAACAAACAUCUCCAAUGAUACUUUCAUCAUCAAAAACGAAUUGUAAACGAUUAUCAAGUAGCGAUGAUGAUGACGAUAAUGAUGAUGACGGAGAAACAAAUAAUUUAAAAGAAGAUGAACUUAAACGAAAAUUAAAAGAACAAAAACGACAUAGUAAAAAAACAACAGAUGUAUUAAAUAAAUUACAUGAAAAUUACGAAGAAUUAUUGGAAAAAUAUGCACAAGCUGAAAAUACUAUUGAUCAAUUACGUUUUCAACCGACGAAUAAUAUGACUAAUUUAAAAUCAAAUGCAACAACGGAUUCACCAUUUUCAUUAAUAAGACGAGAAUCUUCAUCACUAACAUCAAAUAUAAAAAGUAAGAAAGUAAAUGAUCAUUUAGUUAAGCUCAUAUAUGCAAUGCAGUAUGGUUUUUCAAGAGUUACUAUCGCUUGUAAUGUAGUAAUAAACAGAGAUUCGCGAUUGUGGACUAUCACGAAUUGGAAUAUGUAUGAAGACUGA